GGCAGGCUGGGAGGGAGGCGCUGCUGCCUCUGCUGCCGCUGCUGCCGCCGCUGCCGCUGCUGCCGCCCGCCCCGCUCCGCUCCUCCGUGCUCUCCGCCGCCAGCCCAGCGCCAGCGGUCCCCCAGAGCCGUCGGGGCGCGCGCGGAGAGCCGGGGAGCUUCUGCGCUCAGGGCACGGAGAAGAGAGCGCGCGCCCCGGGCCAGAGGGAGAGGCGGAGGAGGAGGAGGAGGAGAUUAUGGGGGUGCAUUAAAGAGGGGGGGAGGAGAGAGGCUCCCACCACCUUCCCCCCCUCGAUGGGAGAGGAGGAGUCUCCGUUGCUGCCGCUGCCCGGAGAGCGCUCGGGGGAAAGCGAUUGGCACUAACUUCGGAGUUGGGGCAAGCUCGGGGAGAGAGAAAAGAGACAGCUGCAUCCUCUUGCAAAGUUGGACUUCUCAGUAAUGGCAUCAGCUCUACCUAGGACCCUGGGGGAAUUGCAGUUGUACCGAAUAUUACAAAAAGCCAACCUUCUUUCUUAUUUUGAUGCCUUCAUCCAACAAGGUGGUGAUGAUGUCCAGCAGCUCUGUGAAGCCGGUGAAGAGGAGUUUUUGGAAAUCAUGGCCCUAGUCGGCAUGGCUAGCAAGCCCCUUCAUGUCAGAAGGUUACAGAAGGCUUUAAGGGACUGGGUUACAAACCCUGGCCUUUUUAAUCAGCCUCUGACUUCCUUGCCAGUCAGUAGCAUCCCCAUUUAUAAAUUACCAGAAGGUUCUCCUACGUGGUUGGGAAUGUCCUGCAGUUCUUACGAGAGGAGCAGCAAUGCUCGGGAGCCUCAUUUAAAGAUUCCAAAAUGUGCUGCUACCACCUGUGUGCAGAGCCUGGGGCCAGGUAAGUCGGAUGUUGUGGGGACCUUAGCGCUGCAGAGUGCCAGCGACUCCAGACUUUGGCAAGGUCACCACACGACAGAAAGUGAACACAGCCUCUCCCCAGCAGAUCUUGGCUCCCCAGCCUCACCAAAGGAAAGCACAGAGACUCUAGAUGCCGCUGCUGCUCUGUCCGUGGCUGAGUGUGUGGAACGAAUGGUCCCCACGCUCCCCAAAAGUGACUUGAAUGAAGUGAAAGAAUUGCUGAAAACCAACAAGAAGCUGGCUAAAAUGAUUGGCCACAUCUUUGAGAUGAAUGAUGAUGAUCCACAUAAAGAGGAAGAGAUUCGGAAAUACAGUGCAAUAUAUGGGAGAUUCGACUCAAAAAGAAAAGAUGGCAAACAUCUCACGCUUCAUGAGCUGACUGUUAAUGAAGCAGCCGCUCAGCUCUGUGUAAAAGAUAAUGCCCUUUUGACAAGAAGAGAUGAACUCUUUGCCCUUUCUCGGCAGAUUUCUCGGGAGGUCACCUACAAGUACACUUACCGAACAACCAAGUCCAAAUGUGGAGAAAGAGAUGAAUUAUCCCCCAAGAGAAUUAAAAUAGAGGAUGGGUUCCCAGAUUUCCAAGACACCGUGCAGACCCUUUUCCAGCAGGAUGCUGUAAAAGUUCAGUUAGCACUGGCCAAAGCUAAAGGUGAAGAAUUUGCAGCACUUAAUUCACAGCAGCCUGAAAAGGUGAUGGCAAAACAGAUGGAGUUCCUUUGCACCCAAGCUGGUUAUGAGAGACUACAGCAUGCGGAAAGGCGGUUGUCUGCAGGGCUUUACCGGCAGGGCUCCGAAGAGCACAGUCCAAAUGGCUUAAUAGCAGAUAAUUCCGACGGACAAGUAGGAGAAAGACCCUUGAAUCUCCGUAUGACCAGUUUACAAAAUAGACAGCCUCCACAUUUUGUGAUGGAUGGGGAACUGAGCAGACUUUAUUCCAGUAAUGAGGCCAAGUCUCAGUCGUCAGAAAGCCUUGGGAUUUUAAAAGAUUUUCCUCACUCAGCUUUUAACUUGGAAAGGAAAGUCAUAAAAACAGAGCCUGAAGAUACAAGAUAGCCAUGAUACUCCCACUGUACCUUGGAAAAAUGGCGUCAGAUCUGAGGAUAAAGCUACAAUACAAAAACAAGCCUUAAUAACCAAUGUUGCCUCAUUCAAGUCAAACAGAUUUCAUAGCCAAAGCUUAAGGACUGGUAUAUUAGUCUGUGGAAACUGAGUGGGGAGGGUGGGGGGAGAAGGGAUAAGAAAAACAUCACAAUCUAGAACAGUAAUAUCGGUAAAUACACAUUCCUGUAUAAGUUGUUUCAUUAUGUGGGGAAGCUUACAAGUUAAUAUUGUAGGCAUCCAUUAUUUAAGAAUGUAAAAUGUAUUUGUAUAACUUAUAAAGUAAAAUCUAGGUGUUGAGACAUGUAUUCAGUCCAGUAGAUGUGGAUACAGUUUAUUUUACUUGAAAUUUCAAUGUCUACUUUAAAUGUAUCUAGCAUAAAUAUGAUUGGUAUACAUCAGAAUUUAGAAAUCUAUGGGAGUACUGGAAAGAAAGCUAAUUAAAGUGACAGGUAAACAACAAGUUUACUUUAUUUGGGAACAUAGAAAACAAGUACUUCAUAUUUUAACGAAGGAUGUUUGAGUGGCUAUUACCUUUGAUAAAACUGAGGUUGUUUUAGAGGAGUUAUAUCUGUAUAUAUAUAUAUGACAUUUAUUAAUGUAAUGUCAUUUUACUGGUUUCAUCAGUGUACUUUUAAAUAUUAACCAAGUACUAGGGAAAAGCCAGAAACAUCAAUAUGGUGGCUGUCAUAUGGACAUGAGCUACAACAUUGGCCUUUGCAUAGCAUAACCAUUAAGGCUUUUAAAAAACAAAACACGAUAGGAUUAUCUUCCUUGGACAGAAAACUUGAGACAAGUAGACUGACGUACAAAUGACCUGGUUUUGAUAUGGAUGUUUCAGAGGACUAAUGUGGAUCCCAGGAGGAGUUCAUCCAGAAGGUGAUAAAGGUGUGAUGGAUAAUGGCCAGAUCCAUAUACCAUUUGUGAAACAACUUUUCUCUGCCUGCAGAGGUGGACGUGAGAGACCAGGUACCGAUAGGAGGUACCCUCCUACCCAAAUGAUGCUAUGUUUUUACCAAUCACUGGAGACACUGUGCAGACAUUCUUUUCUACAUGUGCUUUUAGUUGAUAUUUGUUAUUUAUUUUGCAAUUUAUUUUUUGGUACAUCUUUCAUCUCUUCAAAUGCUUUUCCCGCCCUGAAAGUAAUAACAGCUUGAAGGCAUUUCUGUUUUCAAUUUCCACUGUUUAAUGUGGGACUUUUGGUAUAUAUAUGUAUAUGUGGUAGACAUGUUAAGAACUUAUAUCUGCCUAUCUACUUAUGAAUAAAAUUUCACAUUUGAAUCUCCCCAUGAUAAAAUACAAAUGGGGCUUUUAUUAAAACAUACCUUCCCUAUUGGUUUAAGAGGCAGUAACAAGGAUAUGACUAGUAGACAGAUCUCUAUACCUGUUACAAAGUAACUCGACCCUUGGUUGAGAACAUGACAUGUGCCAUAAAAUGCACCUUUUCUGUCUCUAUCUAGUUCAGUUCUGCAUUGUAGAUAUGUAACAAUAUGUAACUCAGUCAUCACGUAUGUCAUACUAAAAUUUGUCAGCCCUGUGUUAAAUGAGGUGUCUGCACUGUAGUCCCUGAUCACUGUAAAUGUGUAUAAUUGUUUUAUCACUUUUGAUUUGCAGAACAGCUUUUCAUUGGAAACACCAGACAACAACUUUUCUAUUAUUAAAAGGUGGUUUUUCCUCUCUAAAUGGUUCAUUGUACUGUAUGUAGUGUUUUGACUAUUGGCCAAGCUUUUUAUGUAUGCUUCAACUUUGUUCCUAAUGUGAGGCUGAAGAUGUGGUUGUCUUUGUUCACCAUUUGUGGAAAUAAUAUGAGUAGGAUUUAAAUAGAAUUUUUCUUCAGUUUUUUAAUAUUAGCCAUAGCACUGGUUAGUAUCUGAGUAGUUUCAUGAAACGUUUCAUGUAUUCUAAUAUGUUUUGAGAGAUUUUGUGAGGUUGCAAAAAAAAAAAACACCUGAAUAUUAAUGUUCAAGUUUAUAGACAGUAAUCAUCAGGUUUUUUUUAAAGAUGCAGUAAUCUUCCUUUUAAUAUCUGUCACAGUGCUUGUGACCAAAAUAUGUGCAUGGACCAAAAGACUUCAUUUUUGAAUACAUAAAUAUGUAUGAUUGAUUAGCAUCGUUUGCUGAUCUUUCAAGUAAUGAUGAGGGGAACACCUCACAAAAACAAUUUCAGUAAAAUAUAAUUUUUAUUUUGUAAACACUAAUGUAUUAAAUUUGCUAUACAUUAAAGCAUAUAAUAUAUAUUUUUAUUUGAAUGUAAAUAUGAUUCAGUUGUCUUAGCAAGUUCACUAUGUUUUAGAAUGUUUCCUCCAAACAAAUUCCAUUGGUUACUUUGGUAUCACAACUCAAGAGAGUUAGUAGCCCAAUAUAUGAAGCUUUACCAUAUGAAGUUUGUAGCUCUGUGAUGUAUUGAGCCUGUCCACUGACGAAAAAAACAAGGAUGCUCGGGAGCACAUUUGCUUCCUGUGGUCAUUUUUUAAAA